AUGCCCCAGCCACCUCUGCUCGUCUACAAGUAUACCCCAGCCAGCUCUGCUCGUCUACAAGUAUACCCAGCCACCUCUGCUCGUCUCCAAGUAUACCAAGCCAGCUCUGCUCGCCUACAAGUAUCCCCCAGCCACCUCGGUUCGGCUACAAGUAUAUCCAGCCAGCUCUGCUCGUCUACAAGUAUACCCCAGCCACCUCUGCUCGUCUACAAGUAUACCAAGCCACCUCUGCUCGUCUACAAGUAUACCAAUUGCAAGUCAGCUCUGCUCGUCUACAAGUAUACCCCAGCCAGCUCUGCUCGUCUACAAGUAUACCCCGGCCAGCUCUGCUCGUCUACAAGUAUACCCCAGCCAGCUCUGCUCGUCUACAAGUAUACCCCAGCCAGCUCUGCUCGUCUAAAAGUAUACCCAGCCACCUCUGCUCGUCUACAAGUAUACCCCAGCCACCUCUGCUCGUCUACAAGUAUACCCCAGCCACCUCUGCUUGUCUACAAGUAUACCCCAGCCAGCUCUGCUUGUCUACAAGUAUACCCAGCCACCUCUGCUCGUCUACAAGUAUACCCCAGCCACCUCUGCUCGUCUACAAGUAUACCCCAGCCACCUCUGCUUGUCUACAAGUAUACCCCAGCCAGCUCUGCUUGUCUACAAGUAUACCCAGCCACCUCUGCUCGUCUACAAGUAUACCCCAGCCACCUCUGCUCGUCUACAAGUAUACCCCAGCCACCUCUGCUUGUCUACAAGUAUACCCCAGCCAGCUCUGCUUGUCUACAAGUAUACCCAGCCACCUCUGCUCGUCUACAAGUAUACCCCAGCCACCUCUGCUCGUCUACAAGUAUACCCCAGCCACCUCUGCUUGUCUACAAGUAUACCCCAGCCAGCUCUGCUUGUCUACAAGUAUACCCAGCCACCUCUGCUCGUCUACAAGUAUACCCCAGCCACCUCUGCUCGUCUACAAGUAUACCCCAGCCACCUCUGCUUGUCUACAAGUAUACCCCAGCCAGCUCUGCUUGUCUACAAGUAUACCCCAGCCACCUCUGCUUGUAUGCCAUGUUUAAUUAG